AUGCAUGGGUAUUUCGUUAAACUGGACAUAACUGAUCUAAAAUGCACACUCUGCGAACAAAAUGCUGACAACAUCGAAGAAAUUACCACUCACUUGAACGUUGUACACGAGAAAAAUCUAUUUACGGGACUCAAAAAUCACAUAUUACCGUUCAAAUUCAGAAAAGAUACCCUCAGCUGUUUCAUGUGUUGGAAUAUCUUCAACACAUUCAAAGCGUUGCAAGAACACAUGAAUGUACAUUUCAGGAACUAUGUGUGCGCAGUUUGCGAUGCGGGAUUUGUCAACAAGAACAUACUGUUGAGGCACGGAGACGCUCACAAAACAGGCGAGUUCAGCUGCACGGAAUGUUCUAAAACGUUCGACACAGCACGAAAGAAGAGGUUACACGACAGAUCGAAGCAUUCAGGGCAGAAGCUGCCACACAAAUGUGGAUACUGCACAGAGAGGUUUAAAGAAGUCUGGAAGAAGUACGACCAUUUGUCUAAAAUCCACGGAAUAAAAGGACCAUCAGUAAAAUGUCAGGCUUGUGAUAAGAGUUUCGACACUAAACAUGCUUGGAGACUUCACACCACGAGAGUUCAUCUAAUGCAGAGAUACCAUAAAUGUUCGGAAUGCGACAUGGAGUUUUAUACUAAGAAGGAACUAGAGAGUCAUAUGGUCAGGCACACUGGGACGAGGGAAUUCAGAUGCGAUAUAUGCUUCAAGUUGUAUGGAAGGCAGAAAACUCUGAAGGAGCAUACACGAAGGGUUCAUUCCUAA